AUGUUUAAUGAAGAGGAUAUUGGAGUUGUAAUGAUACAUGAAAUAUUAAAAAAGAAAGCUUUAAUGGAAAUCUACAAUAUUGAUGAAGAGAAUGAUAAGGAGCUUGACUUUUACAUCCUGUCAGCGUUGCUAAAUCCAGCUCUUCAAGAAGAUGAAGAUCCAGAGACCUUAAAUCUUAAUCAGCUUGCAAUUGCUAUUUCCUUAAACCGAAGUGAUGCCGCAAAAGAAAAGGUGUUUAUUGAUGGAAAAUCCUGGCAGGUUCAGGUUUAUGCUGUCCACAUGCUCUUUCAGUUCCUGUAA